AUGGGGAACCUGAGUCGUGUUGGAUUGUUCUGUUGUCUUCUUUUUGUGGAAGUGGGUGUCUGUUUGAGUCUGGGGGAUGAAUCUUUCCUCCAAGUUCUCAUGCGGAAAUUCCACGAACAAGAUGAAAAAAUCUCCGCAAUAGAAGCAAUUACAAAAUUGGAUCAUAAAGAACUCGUCAAUAAAAUUCUGAGGUUAGAAGAAAUGCUGAAGUACUCGGAUUAUAAACAAAAGACACUAGAGAAAAGGAUAGAAAAUAUGGACAAAAUUAUCAAAGAACUAGAAAUCAGAACACACACCAAAAAUGAGGAAAAUUUGAUUGACGAACAUUUUCAUGGAAAACACGAACAAGAAAAUUCGAACUCAAAACCAGUUGCAGAUUCCUUCUUUAGAACCACGGAUGUUGGCGGAGAUCAGUCAGCUGCUGCAAAUCCAAUGAGGAAGAGAAUUCUUAAUGGAGGAGUGUAUCCCACACAUGUCGCAUUUUAUGCUUAUCUUAGUAAACCAGAGAAAUUACCUGGUUUGCACCACACGUUGAUAUUUGAUACGUUAAUCACAAAUGUUGGAGCUUCCUACAACCACCAUGACGGGGUUUUCACGGCUCCAGUCAGCGGGGUCUACGUCUUCAACUGGAAUAUCUACAGUAGUUUCAACGGAGACAUUUUUACAGAACUGAUGGUAAAUUCAGAUAAAAAGGGAGGUGCACGCUCUGAUAGUCAUACUGUUGGAGAGGACCAUAAUUCUACCCACUCUAUAAUCGUGGAGAUCAGCCAGGGAGACAUAGUCUUCAUAAGAACACAUGCAACAAUUUCCUCAUCUGGAAAUAUAAUCAGCAGCCCCACAACGUACCAGUCUUCAUUCAGUGGAUGGCUUUUGAAGUGACAGUCAAAUAAUAUCAAAAAAAUGAAUGAUAAU